GCUUAACAAAAACCGUUUAUACGGAGAACGACGAUUCUGACCCUUUUUCUUUCACCUGUAAAAAAAAAGAACACUUGCUUUCUUCUUCAUUCUCCACUUUUUUUUUUUCCUUCUCCCCAAGAAUACUUCUCUUUCUCUCUCGCACUUUCUUCUAGACUCUGUUUUUUCUUUUUUGGGGGUGAUAAUGGCGGCGCAGGUCGAAAUUGAGGACCAAACGUCCGUCACCAACCUUGAUAAUGGCGAAAUAUUCGAUUCAAUCUCCGACGAUGCUGAUUCUUCUGUUUCUCACGCCGGAUCUUCUUUCUCUUCCUCUUCACUGAUCCUUCUCGGCGAAGGAAACCCAGAGCACGACGUUAUCAAGACGUGUUUACUCUCGGGAAUGGGUGUUGUUUCUAGCGACACGACGAUCGUUACGAUUAGUAAAAACUCUUCGGAACGAGGAAUCACGACGAGAGCCAAGUUUUUGGCGUUUAGGAUUUUCACUGACGCUGUUGCGAGGAAACACGGCGGAGAUGCUAAUGUGAAAUAUGGUUGGUACGCUGGUUCUAGAGAUGAGAUUCAAAGAAUCAUCUCUUACGGAUUUAGCAAUCGUGAUGUUGGAAAAUUUGAAAAUGAUGGUGGUUCUCAUGGAAUUGGAAUCCAUUUGGUUCCUUCCAAGUGUUCUCUACUUGCGGCUUCAGCUACAGAGCAAGAUGAAGAAGGUUUACGAUAUCUUCUGUUAUGCCGUGUAAUCUUAGGGAAACCUGAGAUAAUCAUCUCCGGCUCUAAACAAUCGUAUCCGAGUUCUGCUGAGUUUGAUUCUGGUGUGGAUGAUUUACACAAUCCUAGAAACUAUGUGAUUUGGAGUUGUAACAUGAAUUCGUGUAUUCUUCCGAGUUAUAUCGUCAGUUUUAGGUCUCCUAGACUGAGAGUGAGUAGAGGUGGUUUUGCUUCGAGACCAAGCUCGCCGUGGGUUAGUUUUGCUUCCUUGAUGUCAAUGUUGUCUACAUCAAUGGAUCCUUCAAGAAUGAACUUGAUCAUCCGAACUUACGAUGAUUUUCGGAAACGGAAGAUUAGGAGAGACCAAUUGGUAAGGAAGAUGAGAGAAGUGGCUGGAGAUAAUCUUUUGGCUGAGAUAAUCAAGAAUCACAAAAACAGAAACAAGGUCACGAAUUAAAAAAAAAAAAAAAAACAUGAGAGAAGUUCCACACGUGUGAAAGGUGAGAAGAAAAAAAUCAAUAGAAGAUCACACACGUAUAUAGGACAAGCUUCAAUCAAAACGUGGAAGGAACUAUAUGAGAGAUUUGAUGCAUUUUUUUUUUCUAUUGGAAGGUGUAGUUUCCGUUAGUGGUAAAAACAGAGGAUCCCUUUUGGGAAACUUGUAAAGAGCUUGAACAUUACAAAUCUCCAGAAUAAUCAAGAAAUUCUAGAAUCACA